AUGGCAUCAUCGUCUUCAUUACAGGGCAAAGUUGCCCUCGUGACCGGUGCUGGUCGAGGUAUCGGAAAGGGUAUUGCCCUCGAGUUCGCUGCUCGAGGCGCCAAGGUCAUCAUCAACUACAGAAAAUCAACUCAAGAUGCUGAAGCAGUCGUCAACGAGAUCAAGAGCCUUGGCUCAGACGCCGUUGCCAUCCAGGCCGAUGUCACCAAGAUUCCAGAAAUCAUCAAACUGUUCGAGGAAGGCAAGAAAGCCAUGGGCAGAAUCGAUAUCGUCAUGUCCAACUCCGGCACAGAGGAUUUCACCCCUCUUCUCGAAGUCACUCCCGAGAAGUACGACGAGGUCUUCAACACCAAUACCCGAUCUCAAUUCUUCGUCGCCCAACAGGCAUACAAGCACUGCGAGGUUGGUGGCUCCGUCAUCCUGAUGUCCUCGAUUGCAGCUGGUACACGACGACCAAAAGACCACUCGCUCUAUGCAGGCAGCAAGAACGCCAUCAAGGCUUUCGUCCGAACAUUGUCGACUGAUAUGGGUGACAAGCGUAUUCGCUGCAACGCUAUUGCUCCCGGUGGUGUCAAGUCUGACAUGUUUUCUCAUGCUGCUUGGCGAUAUGCCCCAGGUGGUACUCCGGACAUGAAGGUCGAGCAGAUGGAACAAGGUCUAGCCACCAUCACUCCACUCGGUCGUGUCGCCGAGCCAGUCGACAUUGCACGUGUCGUCUGCUUCUUGGCCAGCAAUGAUUCUUACUGGGUCAAUGGUGAGACCAUCGGUAUUUCUGGUGGUGCACCAACGUAA